GUAUAUACAGGCAAAGAAAAGAAAACACCGGAACGUGGGUUAGGCGCCAGAGUUGUUCGGGAUUUAACUUGGGACUUAGAAGGAAGAAAUCACAAUGUUUACAUGGACAAUUUCUUCUCAAGUACCGGGUUAUUCCUUGAACGACGAAAGAAAGGUGUGAUGUGCUGUGGAACGACCAGGCAGAACAGAAUUGGGUGGCCUCGAGGACUUCGUGGCAAGAAAGUGGUUCGACGUCGUGGUCAAAGCAAGUCGUUGCAGUGUGGGUCACUUUUAGCAUCUGUAUGGUUCGAUAAGAAACAGGUAAGGACUCAGUUCCAAUUUCGUAGUCAAUUAGUCGUACAACUAAUUUCUACAUAUCGUGGGGGUCGGAAAUGGCCUUUCUAUUCGAAUAUGGGCGAGAAACAUACGAAGCAUUACCCAGUGGAGCUACCUAAACGUAGGAGAUGUCGAGGAUGUUCUAAGCUGGGGAAGACAAAAACUACAUUAAUCGGCUGCGAUCGAUGCAAGAUUGGAUUAUGCCUGAAAUGUUUCAAGCCUUACCACUUGGACUUAGAUGGAGAACCGGAUGUCUGA